AUGUCAGCGACAGCCAAUACUAAAAACAAUUUUGAUUUUCCACCUGGUACCGUGCAUCUUGUGGAUCUUGAAGGUACAUUAAAUGUGAAAAAGGCUGAUUCAGGUGAUAUCAUUUUGCACCCGCAACCAAGUUCAAAUGUUAAUGAUCCAUUGAGAUGGUCAAAACGUAAAAGAAACUUGCAAUUCGGUUUAGUCUGGUUCUGGGCUUUUAUGUUGGCUGUUAGUAUUAACUUUAUGGGUCCAUUAUUUGUCACUUGGAUUGAUGAAUGGAACAGUGAUUUCCAAAUGAUGGGUGUUGCAGUUGCUUUUGGUUUCUUAUUUUUGGGUGUCGGUAUUUUGUUUGUUCAACCAACUGGUUUGAAAUUGGGAAAACAGUUUGUUUACAACGUAUGUACAAUCAUCAUUAUUGUUGGAUGCAUUAUUGGUUCAUUUUCCACCAAUAUCGGUUAUUUAUUGGUUUUUAAAGUUUUGGCCGGUAUUUCUGCUGCUCCCGUCGAUACCCUUGUGGAAAUUACCUCCACCGAUUUGUAUUUCCAGCAUGAAAGAUCUACUGCUUUCAGUUCUUUGAUUUUUGCAUUGUACGCCGGUAGUUUCUUGGGUCCAGUGGCUUGUGGUUACAUUGCUGACAAUUUACCUUGGGAAUGGUGUUACUACAUCCAAAUUAUCAUCUACGUUCCAUUAUUGGUGAUUCAAAUAAUUUGGAUGGAAGAUACAACUUUUAGACGUUCAGAUAAUGAAGAGGAAGCCUUGGAAGAGGGUAUUCUUACACAACUUAAAUCUAUCACUAGUGGUGAAGCUGUUGCAAGUGAAGCCAAAGACGGUAAAGACAAUGCUGAAAUUGAGGUUAAAACAGAUGACGACUCCACCCACUCAUCACAAGUCGAAUACACAUGGGCACACAAGAGAAACUGGGUUCACACCGAACAAAACGAUAUUAGAUCCUGGAUGUGUAUUUUCUUGAGACCAUUUUACUUGAUUACUUUCCCUGCUGUUGUUUGGGGUGGUUUGAUUUACGGUUUCCAAAUGUUUUGGUUGUCAUUGCUUGUUAACACCCAAGGUCUUAUCUACGAAGCUGCACCAUAUAACUUUAGUGUCCAAAAUGUCGGUUUAACCAAUGUUGCGGUGUUUGUAGGUAACUGUGUUGGUAUGUUCUAUGGAGGUCAAUUUGUCGAUUGGUUUGCUGUGAAAAUGGCCAAGCGUAAUAAUGGUAUCUUGGAACCAGAACACAGAUUGCAAACUAUGGUUGUUCCAACAAUUAUUAAUGCUGCUGGUAUCUUAGCUUACGGUUUGGGUUCACACUAUGGAGCUCAUUGGGCUAUCUCUGUUGUCAUUGGACAAGGUUUUAUGGGUUUUGCAAUGAGUUCUUCUGGCUCGAUUUGUUUGGUUUACGCUGUUGAGAGUUACUCGCACUUGGCUAGUGAGAGUCUUGUUCUUAUGUUGUUCAUUAGAAACAUGAUUGGUAUGUGUUUCACUUUUGGUAUUUCACCAUGGAUUACCGCUCAAGGUUUGAUGGGUAGUACAUACGUCAUGUUUGGUCUUUCGUUAAUUAUCAACGGUAGUUACCUUAUCUUUACCGUAUGGGGUAAGAGCUUUAGACGUUGGACCAGGGAGAGAUACGAAAAAAUCCGUGAUCCAUUAUACGGUGAAUACUUUAAAAAGACCAAGUAA